AGGAGCUGAGCAUGGAGAGCAGGGAGGACAAAUGCCCGCAGCAGAACCUGGUGGCAGAGGCCGUUUUGAGCGGCUCCACGGCGCAGGAAGCCAACGGGGAGGAAAAGCCCCGGAGCUGCCGCACGAGGAGGGGCUGCAAACGCAGAUGGCGGGGAUGUGAGGGGGAAAGAGCCAGCCUGGGCCGGGAAGGCAGCCGGAGAUGGAGCCAGAGCUCGGAGCUGGUGCUCCAUGAGCAGCUCCAUGAUGGGGAGAAGCCCCACAGGUGCGUGGAGUGUGGGAAGAGCUUCAGGUGGAACUGCGACCUGAUCAAGCACCAGAGGAUCCACACUGGGGAACGGCCCUAUGAGUGUGGGGAGUGUGGGGAGAGCUUCAGCCAGAGCUCCAGCCUGAUCAAGCACCAGAGGACCCACACUGGGGAGAGGCCCUAUGAGUGUGGGGAGUGUGGGAAGAGCUUCAGAGAGAGCUCCAGCCUGAUCAUGCACCAGAGGACCCACACUGGGGAGAGGCCCUACGAGUGUGGGGAGUGUGGGAAGAGCUUUAGGUGCAGCUCCGUCCUGAUCAGCCACCAGAGGAUCCACACUGGAGAAAGGCCGUACAAGUGUUCCGAGUGUGGGAUGUGCUUCAGCCGGAGCUCCCACCUGAUCACGCACCAGAUGACCCACACUGGGGAGAGGCCCUAUGAGUGUUCCAAGUGUGGGAAGAGGUUUAAGACCAGCUCCCAUCUCCUCCAGCACUAUCAGAGUCACACAGAGGAGAGGCCCUUCCAAUGCCCCGACUGUGGGAAGGGAUUCAAGUACAACUCCACCCUUGCCAGGCACCGGCGCAUCCACACUGGGGAACGGCCCUACGAGUGUGAUAAAUGCAGGAAGAGGUUUCAGACCAGCUCCCAUCUCCUCCUGCACUAUUGGAUUCAUAGAGAGGAGAGGCCCUUCCAGUGCCCUGACUGUGGGAAGGGAUUCAAGCACAACCCCACCCUCAUCACCCACCGGCGCAUCCACACAGGGGAGAGGCCCUACGAGUGUCCCCAGUGUGGGAAGAGCUUCUCCAGCAGCUCUAACUUGACCAAACACCAACGGAGGCACCGGUAAGGGGAGCCCUGCGAGUGCCCCGAGUGGGGCAGAGCUUCGUGCGCUGCUCCAGCUCCAUCCCCCACUGGAGGAGGCACUUUGGGCACAGCCCUGGUCACUCACAUUCCCUCUGAUCCAUGUUGGGAGCACACCUGGCUGCUUCUCCUUUUGGUUUGGCCUUAAUUUUCCUCUGCUUCACCUUCAUCCUUUAAAAACACCCCCAAACUGGAUUAAAUUAAGGAAAUUGAUUGAAUAUAUCUGAAGUUCUGUAAUUUCUCAGUUGUUUUAGAGGGAAUUUAGGAUUUGGGGACAGUUCUGUGUGGAGUGCUGCUGUUGCUAAGAGGCAGGAAUUUGAUCUCACCCUUCUUGCGUUGCUGAGAACUCCUCCCCUGACCCAAACCUCAACUCCACCCUUGGGAUACCCUGUAAAAACUCCAUGGCCCUGCCUUUGCCCUGUCUUUGGGGGUAAGAAAUGGAUUCCCCAAAGGAUCAGCCCUUGUCCCACGGGAUUUCAAGAGGAUCAACCUUUUUCACUGGAUUCCUCGUGGAUUCUGACUCUGUCGCAGUUAUCUUUUUGUUUAUACUACUGCAUUUGCAUUUUUAAUUUUUCGUAAUAAAGAGCUGUUAUUUCCACUCCCAUAUCUUUUCCUGAGAGCCCCUUAAUUUCAAAAUAAAUUAUUAUUUUUAUAGUUUA